GUGGCGCGGACGGCCCUGACUUUCAAGACGCCCAGCUCUCACUCCAGGCGCUUUGACUUCAGUUACCGCCUCGGUACUGCUACGGUGAUCCUGGAUUGACAUUCCAUGGUGCGGAAACGACGAUGGCAACGAACGAUGGCAGGCGUGGGCGAUGUGGGACUGGAUCGCGGACGACUCGUUAGGGCACGAUGUGUGGCACGACCCGGCCUCCAAGAAGCACAGCGGUCUAGGCAACCUCGUCCUGCUCGUGUACAUGUGGGGGGUCAACAUCUGGGCAAGAGGGAGAGAGAUAUACAUGGAGAGAAACUUCGAAACGCACGGAGAGAGAGGCAGACAGACAGAGAGAGAGGUAGCGCGAGAGACACACAGAACAAGACAGCGACGACGCUCAGCGAGAAGAGACAACGAAACGGAGGUUCGGAGGCGUGUCAGCGUCGAAUACACGGGGAACCUUCCUCUGGAUCCUGAGGGUCCGCGGGUUUGCUCCUUGCGAGCAGAGAGGGUGUGGAACACGGGGUGCAACCUGAGCAUCGCCUUCCUGGUGUCAUUCAUCUACUUCUACAAGUGCCUCAGGGGGACCCUGCGAAACCCCACGUGGAACGUCGCGUGA